AUGAAGUGGAAACUACAAGCAGAAAAUACUUCUCUUCGACAAGAACUUGCUGCUCUAAGACAAAUAUUGACGUUACCAACAUCAUUAAACGAUGAAUUUGAUCAAAAACGUUAUAUACAGUUACGUAAUCAAAUAUACACGUUGGAAAAACAAGUGUGUUUAAUGACAAAAUUAUUAGAUUCAAAACGUCAGGCGGUUGUUACAUGUGAAACUAUUCUUAUUGAACUAGGUGAAUUUCUUAGAAAUUUACUUUCGAAUGAACGAACGAUGAAAGGUUAUAUACUCGUUAAUGAGACAGAUUUACAAAUGUGGUGUGAAAAAGUAGAAAAUAGUCAAAAGAAAUCGUUCAAGUCCUUACAGGAUCAUGUGAAUAUGGAUGAUACACUCUACGCUUCGACAGCCUUUUCACGCACCGAAAACAUACAUCUACUAGAUGUUUGUUCUGGAAAAAUUGAUCACUUGAAUUUGAAAGAAAUCGCACUAUUAGAAUCAUCAUUAUUGAGUUUGCAUUCAAAUCUUCAACAGUUUUCGAUAGAGUUAGAACAACAACAACGACAAUCUUUGAGUAAUGAUGAUAAUCUAUCAUUAUUUCUGUUUCCUGAUUUGAAUGAACGCACAUAUUUAAAUGUAAAGAAAUUAUCACAAGAGAUGACCAAUGUUUCCAAUCAAUUAUUUGAUCUUUCACUAUUGAUUCCUGCUCGUCCUCCAACUUUAUCAAAAUCGCCGUGCAUUAUAUCGAGUGAAAUAACAACGGAUGUUAUAUGGAAACGUUUGGCAUCAUACAAAUUUUCACCAAAUAUAAAAAUAAUACUAAAAUCGAUAUUUGAUUCAUUAAUAGCUGCAUUCAAUCAUAAAUAUUCAGGUUUACAAUUAAAAACUGAAACAAAAGAGAAAGAAUUAGAGUUCUAUCGUCAUAUAACAAAAAUACAUUACACUCAUGUUCAAACAGUACUGAAAGUGAUCACGUGUGGACAAAUGUACUUUAAUGAACAGCUCAAAAAUACUCUCUAUGAACCAUUGAAUAAUAUUAUGAAUGAAUAUCACAAAAUGAGUAAACAGCCAACAGAGAAUUGUUUAAGAACAUUUUUAUUCACAUUUAAAAUACAUGUUGAUCAAUUUGAAGAAACACUUCAUGAUUUAGAGGAAUUAGUCAAGAAUGGUGUUAAAGCAAGCGAACAAUUAUUCAUUGAAACAAACGAUACAAUGAUCACAGAAAUUAAACGUAGUCAACAAAAUUUAUUGAAAGAAUUUCAUCGCUUGAAUGAAAAACAAGCAAAGAUAUCGAUGGCUUCUGAAAAAUCUCUUGACGAUUUAUUUGAUACACUCAAUAUCUCAUCAAACUUUCCAUUAAGUCAUGAUGAGAAGUAA